AUAAAAGACUUUGGUGGCAAACAAUUGGCUUCAGUUAACGGCGAAUAGCGUAACAGCGCUUAUAAGAUCAUCCCUUGUAAAUCCGAAGGAAAAAGAAAAACGCGGAACCCAGUUAUCCUCCUUUAGCCAAACGGUCUCACAAUGUCGACAUUAUCUUGGAAGUUAGUGGCAAUCGUUUUGUGUGCGUAUCUUUUGGUGGCACAUGCGCGACCUCAGGCUCCUGAACAACCAGAACCGUAUGAAUAUCAAUACGAGGUUAAAGAUCCCGAAAAGGAAUUAUUUUUCAAUAAAAACGAGGCUGGAGAUGCUCAAGGAAAGGUAAAUGGACAAUAUGCUGUUUGGUUACCUGAUGGAAGAUUAAUGACUGUGGCCUAUACUGUGGAUGGUGAAAAUGGCUUUGUACCCAAGAUCACUUUUGAUACCAACAAUCCAUUGGGUUAGACGAAUGUUGUUGGGCAGAAAUCCUAAAGAAAAAGAAAACAACAAAACAAUAGCAACCGACUCACAAAACAACAGCCAGCACUUCAAUCCAUUGCAACAAUUUCUUGAUUCGUUUUUCAUCUCUUUGUUCCGAUUUUCGUGAUGAAGUUGACCAAAUUUAUUGGAUUGUUGGCUUCCUGGUUUUUUAAAAAAAUAGCGCAAAUUAUCUACAAUGUUUAAAAAAUAUAUAUGCAUAUUACAUAUUAAAACUUAUAUAAAUAUAAAAAAAUAUAUAUGUAUUUAGAAUAUAAAACUCCAGCACAGCAACACACACUUGUUAUAGAGGAUAGUUAUAGACAGAGCAAUGGCAGCUCUCCAUUUCUUCUUAGUUGGACUUAUGGAUGAAUUCGGUUAUAGUUUUCAAGUGUCUGUUCUGUUACGAUUCCCCGCCCCACCACCACUUUCAAGAAGAAGCCUUUUGAAAACAAUGUUUGCUAAACCUGCAUUAGACUAAUUGUUUUUUCUCAUUUUCAUUUUCUUAACAGCAGAUACUCAUCUUCUUUAAAAUAUAUAUGUGUUUGUUUGUAUUGUUUUUCAUUUUUGUUUAACUUUAAGUUGAUGUUUUUUUUUUUUUUUCAAUUUUAAUUUGUUUAAAAGUUAUUUUUUUGUUUGUUAGUAUGUUGUACAGUGAAUGAUGAAUGGGUGUUUUUUUCCACCGCACCCCUCCCACCAUUGUCUAAAGAGUCAUCUAAUUCUGUUUCACAUAUGUAUAUGUACAAGGCACACCACCGUAUGUAAAUAUGUAUAUAUGGAAAUGGUUUUUGUAAUGUUUAUUAUUUGUUUUUAUCACUACCAUUUUCUUCUUCUUUGCCUUUUUUGGUAUAUUUCGAAAAUGUUAUAUUGUAUUUCCGUUUAUCAUUAUUUUUUGUUCGUUUUUUUAUUUUUGUAUAUGAAAUGUAACUCGAAUAUUUAUUUUGUAUUCUGGCAUAAUGUAUGUGUAUGUAUAAUAAUUAAUAAUAAAAAAUGAAUAUAUCCAUAAA